GAGAUAGCAUCGAACAGUUAACAGUUGAAACGUUGUCGAGCCCAAUCAUGAGUCAAGGAUAUACGCCCGCCCAGACCUACCAGCCAGGUGCACCACAGGUGAUCAUACAGACAACGACAACGUCCAAUGUGGUGCCCAUCGGCAGCGAUCCGUCGCGUGUUCAGUGUCCUUCCUGCCACGCGGACAUUCUGACAAAUGUGAAGCGCACUCCAACGGGACGCACGCACUGCUGGGCCCUGAUCCUGUGUCUCUUUCUCUGCUGGCCCUGCGUCUGUGUGCCCUACUGCAUGGACUCCUGCCAGAAUGCCGAGCACUCGUGCCCCAACUGCGGCGCCUACAUUGGCACCUACGAGAACUGAAGUAUUACCUAACUAUAAGCAACGAUUUGUCCAUUUAAUAAGCUAAGCUAACGACCUGAAAUAAACGCCAACUGAUCACCAAGUGAAUCA